AUGCUAGGUUACUUAUUAAUCUUACUUUUAAUUGUGCCAUUAACCAUUCAAGAGUAUGAUAAUGGUGAACGUGUGUAUGGCGAACUAGUAAUAUCAAUAACCAAAUAUCCAUGGAUGGUGUCAAUAAGACAAAACGAUGACAACGGUAGCCGCUGUAGCGGAAUAAUUAUCGGAAAUUUUUAUGUUUUGACAGCUGCCCAUUGCGUAGAAACAGGUCUUCCAUCAACGUAUUCUGUAUAUGCUGGAUCAGUGCGUUUUGCAUCAGGCACAAAGAUUGAAGUAGAUAAUAUUGAAGUAUUUGGAUUUUACGAUGGUAAUAUGCAUGAUAUGGCUCUAAUUAAAUUAAAAAAAGCAGUUUCUGGUAUCGAUGGUGCAGCAGUGAUAAAAAUACCUGAUAGUGUAAUAUCCUUUUCAGCUGGAGGUAAAAUGUGGACAGCUGGAUGGGGACAAGGUAAACCGACUAGUAAUACAGAUAUUUUACACGAAGAUGAAAUGAAAAUAGUUGAUGAUAGUAUUUGUCAAAAUAACUUUUACGGCAACUAUCACGCUGCUUUUGAGCUUUGCAUGCAAUCGACGACAAUGCUCCGAGGGGUUUGCAAGGGUGACAGCGGUGGUGGUCUAUAUUAUCAAAUGAACAAUAUGUGGUAUGUUGUUGGUAUUGCCAUCCAAAUUCCGAAGAAUGCUGAUUGUCACGCUAAUAAUUUUCCACAAAAGUUUUUAGAUAUAACAUUUCAAGAUUACCGUCAAUGGAUUACAAACUGUACUGAAAACAAUUACUGUUCACAGCCAGUCAAAAUGAAUAUCUGA